GUGAGCACAGAAGAAGGAAGGGCUGGGGACAGUUACAAGUUCACAAGAAGGAACCAAGGAUCAGCCUGAGAGAACCCAGAGUUAAAGCUCUUAGGGUUCCUGGGAGCUCAGCUGGAAGUGACUGGGUGACAAGGCACACAGGCUCAGCCGUGGGAGCUCAGUCAUGAUUCCACAAGCAGUGACCAGUGAGACUGUGGCAAUGAUUUCGCCAAAUGGAAUGAGUCUUCCCCGAACAGACGAACCCCAGCCUUUCCACCAGUGGCAAGACAGCCUGAAGAAACAUCUAAAGGCUGAGAUCAAAGUGAUGGCGGCAAUCCAGAUCAUGUGUGCUGUGAUGGUGUUGGCUCUGGGAAUCAUUUUGGCAUCUGUUCCCUCUGACCCACAUUUUACCUCAGUGUUUUCAGUCCUGUUAAAAUCUGGCUACCCAUUUAUAGGAGCUUUGUUUUUUAUAGUCUCUGGAAUUCUGUCCAUCAUCACGGAGACAAAGUCAACAAAAGUUUUGGUAGAGAGCAGCCUGACUCUGAAUAUCCUGAGUGUUUCAUUUGCUUUCAUGGGCAUCGUUAUCAUCUCUGUCAGCCUGGCUGGUUUGCAUCCUGCCUCAGAGCAGUGCUUGCAGAGCAAAGAGCUUAGACCAACUAAAUAUCAUUACUACCACUCCUUGGACAAGAAUGAGUGCUUUGUUGCAACGUCUGUUCUGGCUGGAGUCUUUUCACUGAUGCUGAUCAGUACUAUGUUGGAACUUGGCCUGGCUGUCCUCACUGCCAUGCUGUGGUGGAAACAGAGUCACUCUAACUUCCCUGGGAAUGUUAUGUUCCUGCCACAUAACUCAAAUAAUGACUCCAACAUGGAAUCAAAGGUACUUUGUAACCCCUCAUAUGAGGAACAAUUGGUUUGUUAAGAAAAACAAAACGAAACAAAACAAAACUAAAUAUCACAAAACAAAUGGAACUAUACAGCAGAGGAUAUGUCUUCAUGAUAAUGCAGAAAAUCCAACCAUCACAGGGUAGCAAUGCUUGCUACUUAAAAUGUAGACUGUUUAUACAGUGGAUACCAGUAUGAGUUGAAUGGGUGUGUUAGUGGCACCCUAUUGAUUUUCAUGACCUUGGCUUCAGCCAAAGCCCAGACCUACAAAUAAUGGUCAGAGACACAGAUAUUUCUCAGAAAACCAAACAGAAUGUUUCAGGCCAUUGUAGUGGGGAAAAGGGACAACAUUUUCUUGCCCCCUGCAAUUAACAGCAACAGUUAACCAUUAGCAGUCUUUGUAUUCAGAAUCUCUGCUAUGACAUGGGUCUUUUAUCAUAUUCACUGGUGUGAAUAAACAAGGGACCUGCAAUGAAGUCUGAAGAAGUGUCUAUGUUGUUGGUUCAAAAUAAAGUCUUUUGUGAUUGUA